AUGUCAUUCAUUAUAUUCGCUGAGGAUUACAGGGACAGAGUCAUGUGGACAUGGAAGUGUCCUGCUUCAGAUGCAGAACUUGUUAUUGAUGGGAUGGAUCGGAUAAAAUUCCAAGCUCACAGUGUGAACUAUCCUCCAAUUCUAAUUGAGCAGCCAGAAGACUCAAAACCAUUUGCCCCUACGGUGGUUACAGUAAGUUCAUGCGUUAAACCUUAUUAUAGAUCAAUUGAUUUUGAUGGUUUGGACCCCGUUUUGUGGUGGGACGAUGCAGAAGACAAGGAUGAAGAACCUGAAGACCCUUAA